AUGUCAAAAUUUGUUGAUGAAAACACCAAGGAAGUGGCAGCUGAGAGAGAAAAAGGUGAAAAUGAAGAUGAGGUUGAAAAGGAAGUUGAAGGUGAAAAGGAAGUGGAAGUAGAAGGGGAAGGAGAAGGGGAGGGGGAGAUGGCUGGAGAAAAAAACACCAUAGAAGUGCAAAUAGUUGUUGAUGAAAACGUCAAGGAAGUUGAAGGUGAAAAGGAAGUACAAGGGGAAGGGGAAGGGGAAGGGGAUAUGGAUGGAGAUCAAAAUUCUAAACUCUCAACUGCUACACCAACCCCCAUAAGUGAUGAUGCUCAUCAUGAAGAUGAACGGGAUACUGAGGGUGGUGAUGAGAAUACUAUAUUGUCAGAUGAAUAUAUAAACGAAAAUAAUAUUGAAAGCUAG